UAUACCUUGGCAGUCAAGCAUAAACAAGGUCGCACAUGGCUGACACAGCUGAUAUCAUACUGUCUCUAAUACGAUAGAUCGAGAGAUACAUAUACAGUACAGUCCAUUAUGUGGCGUACUUCAGGCAUCGGAAACUAGAACUGGCAAUACGUAAUGGCUACGUGCCUCAGGAGAACGAAAAGGAAGCGCAUCCGAGAUGCGGAUUAGAGGUAUAAAGAAAGUCGCAAAUAAGAAGGAGAGAAGAGCAGGGGGGUUUAAUUGGGGAGAAUCUCAUAUUGUCUCGUGUAUCUAUCUUUUUCAGACGCCGGUAAUUCCAUCGGGACCCUAUACUCGCUAUCAUGAGGCCGAUAGGGAUAUAUGAUUUUAUCAUCGUUGGCGGUGGUACGGCUGGGCUUCUGGUUGCCGGUCGACUCGCUUCCAAUCCACGGGUCAAAGUACUUGUUAUUGAAGCUGGAGCAGGUGAUCCAGAAAGUGUUGAGAUGAUAACUACACCCGCCCUGGCCUUCCAUCUUCGCGAAACAGAAUAUGACUGGGCCUAUGAAACUACAUUGAUUGACAAGCCUGGAUACAAACGUGUGGAGGCAGCUAAUACCCGCGGCAAAGUGCUUGGUGGAAGCAGCUGCUUGAAUUAUUAUACUUGGUUGCGCGGCAGUGCCUCGACUUACGACGACUGGGUUGAGUUUGGCGGCGAAGCAUGGAGCUGGAACAAUUGCUCCCAGUCAUUUAUUACGCCUGUUACUUUCCAUGACCGCCAAAGGAUAUUAGACAGUCCUCCUGUGAAUGCUGCCGCGAAUACAGAAGAUUCACUACUCCAAAUUGGCCCUGCAACUCCAAUUCCUCUGGCAGAGCUACUCACGUCUGCAUGGAAAAGCAGAGGGUACCCGGUCACGAAUGAUAUAUUCAAUGGCAAUGUGGAUGGGAUGACACAUGUCAUACGAACAAUCCAUAACGGCCAACGGUCGACGAGUAACUGUUUUAUCAAGGGCUUACCGAACGUCGAGAUCCUUUCAAAAAGUCAUGCAGAACGUAUUAUUAUCAAAGAUGGUUCUGCCGAAGGAGUAUUGGUGCAUACACCCCGAGGCCCGGAAUACUAUAAAGCGGACGCGGAGGUGGUUGUAUCAUGUGGAGUAUUCGAGUCUCCCAAGUUGCUCAUGCUAUCCGGCGUCGGUCCACUUGAUCACUUAUCCUCGCACGGACUGCCUUGUAUCGUCGACUCAGAACAUGUCGGACAGCAUCUGCAGGAUCAUCCCGUUGUGCCGCAUGUUUUUCAAGUCAAGGAGGAAUAUUCCAUGGAUAGGGUCUUGAGACCAGGGCCCGAACAUGAACAGGCGCUGGAACUGUAUCGGGAAACGAAGACUGGUCCGUUUUCAAGCGGGUUAUUGGAAAUGAGCGCUUUUGCAAGGAUUGAUCAUAGACUGGAGACAUGUAAGGAAUGGAGACACGCUCGUGAAAGCGUUAGAGCAGAUCCAUUGGGGCCUGGAGGACAACCACAUCUGGAGUUUGACUUCUUGCCAUGCUUUGCGCAACCAUUCCAGCCACACAUACCGUCUCCAGAAACUGGCGGUCAUCUCACGGUCGUUGUAUCGCUUCUUCGACCACAAUCCCGCGGAACAGUGAAGCUUCGAUCAGGCAAUGCCGCGGAUCAGCCUGAGAUAUGUCUGAACUACCUCUCCGACCCAGUUGAUAUUAUUGGUCUUCGAGAAGGGAUCCGAUUCAUCGAUGAGGUCCUUCUGAAAGGCGACGAAACCAAAGACCUCAUUAUUGGAGAAUAUCCGAACUCCCUUCCCCGUGAAUCCGAUGAAGAAAUGGAUCGGGCCAUUCACGAACGAGUUACAACUGGCUAUCAUCCAUGUGGAACUUGCCGUAUUGGGAAAACAAUAUCCCAAGGGGUGGUCGAUCCCCAUCUCCGUGUCCAUGGUAUCGAUCGCCUGCGGGUGAUUGACGCGUCGGUAUUCCCUAUUAUUCCUGACGGUAGGAUUCAAAAUGCUGUAUAUAUGGUUGCUGAGAAGGGUGCGCACAUGAUCAAGCAAGAUUAUCAGCAAUGGUGGCCACAACUACACCAGCCCUGGUCGCUCACAGGGACACUGAGAGGUUGCAAGGAGAGAGCUGAGAGGAUAUGGUCGUUAUCAUGGAAGAUUGUAGGGGAGAAUAGAGAGGUGUUGAGACAAGCUUGGAAUGAAUAGUAGGAAU